GGAGGAGGAGGAGUCUCUAAUCACCACAGCUGCCAGUGCUUCCUUCCCGCGGCAGAAGCAUUGCCGCGCACAUGAAGCAGCAAAAUGGAAACUGCGCAACUGACUCAAACAAACAUACCUUUUUACGGAUAAUUUCCACUUUCAAACUUUUCUCAAAGCUCGGUGUCGACGUUGAUGUUGAACUUCUCCAAAUUACAUCCUAAAAUGAAUUUCCUGCCUGAGAAGUUGUACUAGUUAGCUAACUUUCAUCAUGGACCAUCUGAACCUGGGAUGUCAGGUCUGCCUCACCAAAUCUAACUACUUGUUUGAUAUGAAGACCCAUAUUCACUCACAUGGACAUGUACAGACAAUGAUUGAUGUCUUCCAGCAAGAUAUGUUCAAGGGUCAUGGCAUCUUUCCCUGCAUUGAGUUGAUCAAGUCGCAAGUCAGAGGUGAAAUCACAUGGCCCAUCACAGGCAUAUCGUUGUGUUUCAGUCGAGUGUCAAAAACAUAUUUUUACAUGUGCCAUGUCUGUGAGGAAAAGUUUCUACCAAUGAGGAUUUUAUCGCACCUCACUUCAAUGGACCACCACAGAAACUACUUUAGCUACAUAAACCCCAACGCACUGAGUUUCUCCUGGAUGCCUAAAAAUAAAUACUUCCUGAGGUCUGAGUUGAGAGAUAGUGGAAACGAUGAGGAAAGCACGACUGGAGACCUACAGCUGUUGGAAUUGCCUGGAAAACUGUUUAAAAAAGUGGAAAAAAGCAAUUACUCUGAGGUGGCUUGCACGCUCAGUAAAAUUGAGAAGCUUCCCAAGAUGCAUGAAGUUUUCAAGAAAGAGAGGAUGACAAUACAAACAUACCUAAAAGACAGCAAAAGGGAACAUCCACUUCUUGGCAUGCAGCACCUGAUUGAGUGCAUUUGUGUCGGGCAAACGGAGAAGAGAUACUACCUCUGCACGCUCUGCAACAUAACUUUGGCCCCCCAAGGGAUCAUCAAACACGUCCUGAGCUUUGACCACAUCUUUUCUUACUUUAAAGCGUGGCACCCUUCAACUUUGUCGUCAAAGCAUUCUUUCAACACUUACACAAAAGACUUUGGCUCCCUGAUGCUUAAUUUUGCAAAGCAGUCAGAGGAAAUUCAUGGUACUGCAAACAUGGAUAUGAAGCAAGUGAUCCUGGAGCCUGCCAAAUUCUCAUCAGUGAAUUUCACCUCUUAUGAAGAAGCUUUAAAGGAGUUGGAAUCGAUCACAAAGGAAAACAACGGGAGCAGCUUGAUGACGAUUGUCAAACCAGGGAAGAAGCUGGUUUUAAAGGCUUUGGAAUCCACUCCAAAGGAGAAAGAUGACUGCAGCUCGAUGACAAUUGUCAAUCAAGAGAAGAUGCCAGCUUCAAAAGAGUUCGAAUCCAUCACAAAGGAGAAUGAUGAGAGCAGCGUGAUGACAGUUGUCAAUCCAGAGAAGAAGCCGGAGGAACCUAUUGCAUCAUACAAAUUACACUGUCAGAACUGCGGUUGGGGCUUUAACUCCCUCUCUAAAUACUGCAAACACGUGUCGUCAUGGAAACACCGAGGGAUGGUGAAUAAAAUCAUUGGCGGAGGUGCUGAUUGUUAUGGCCAACAGGGAUGGGUUCCUGAACUGGGCCUCUACUAUAUCCACAACGAGAGCUUGAAGCUAAAACAACCCCAUAUUGGUGUUUCCCUGGUUAUGACGUUUGUCUGCACUCGGGUUGAGAGGGAACCUUUUUACAUUUGCUUCGCUUGUGAGGAGUGUUUCUCUGAGUCCUCUCUCAGACAACACUUACACUCUACACAACAUCUCGUACACACGUUGCUGUACCAGAACCCGUGGCGGCUUACUUUUGCUUGGAAGAGUUCCCUUGAUCUUUCUUUUUUGAGAUCAAUGGCAUGGGAAGAGGAGAAGGAAAGAGGAACAAACCAGAGGAAGCUGAAGGUUUUUGAUGUACCAUACUGGAUAUUUGAGGGCCUCGACCAGCUAAAUUACGUACAAGUGAUGGAGAAACUUAGUCUGUAUCAAACUGUCUUAAGGAUCGACGUUCCUGAGCGUGAGACAUACAGCAAACUCAAACGAAACGAGACAUUUCCUCUGCUCGGCAGUCACUUCCUGGUCAUUUACCCCAGCUGUGCCAAAGAGCUUUCUCUCACAAGAAAGGGAUAUGUGUGUCUGCUUUGUGAGAGGAGGUUGUUCGGCGAUGAAUGUUACGCUCAUGUGUUCAGUUUUGACCAUGUGGCGAAAUUUCUAGAGAGUUUCCAUCCAGGCUCCACGGAUUCGAGCACUGAUGCAGAGACGUUGGUGGACUUUGCAAAACAGGCGGGGCGCAUUCACCCCAUAUCACGUGUACAGGUUAUACAUAUGGAGAGGCCAAUCUGGGAUCCGUGCUCUUACUCUACCACAUUAAAACUCCUGGCAGGUAGAAAGUGGACCAUUUGUCAAGCAGUGCUUACAGCCCCAAUUAUACCUGGAAAGAAGCUGAUCCCCAGAGAAACUCUGAAAGCUGUGCCCACAAAACAAGUGACAGACAGCAGCCAGAAGAAUGGAAGGAUGAUGGGGUGUUGUGAGAACACAAGUCAAAAGUCUACAGACCAGAGUGAGACGACCCUGAAAACGAUCCCAGUAGAAGUUGGUGCUGAAAUCACCAAUACACAAUUUGCAAAAAGUGGACAAAGUGUGGAAAAGGGAAACAAGGAGAUUCCUACACCAAGUGAAAAAGAAUCAGAGAAGAGAAAAGAGUUUUCAAGAGAUGGUUUGGAGGAGAUAAAGACUGACGGUAGUGAGACAUGCCAGAAACCAAGUAGGGAGACCCCAGAAACCUGCAACAAAAAGGAUGAAACGGAGAGGGUAAAAGAGAGGAACAAAAGUGGCAAAGAAAUCCUGAAACAGAAGAGGAUAAUCUCACAGGAGGACCCUUGUCCUGUUCAGGAUGUGAAGCAAGUAAAGAAACAGACAAAAGGAAUCGUCUCCUCCAAAAAAGACUCAUCAGAAUCUCAAAUGCAGGUUACUGCCACAAACCGGGGAGAAAGUGGCAAACCAGGUCAGGAGCCAGCAAAGGAUGAAAGGUCUUCAAACGUGAACUGCCAAAAAAAACAGCUGUGGCAGUUUCUCAAAAAGAAGACUCGACACCCUGUGAUUGGCCUGAGUGGACUUGUUGAACUCCAAUGUGAUGAGCAUGACCGCAUCUACCUGUGUGAGUGCUGCUCUCUGAAGAUCCCCGAGAAGGACAUCAUCAGCCAUGUUUCUGGAAUCUACCACCAGAAGUUGUAUCUGAUGAAGUUCCAGAAACUCCCGCCUCUACCAGAGAUGCAACAGGUGAAGGCAAUCAGAGAUGUGGCUGCUUUGUUUGAACAACAGAAUGGAUAUGGAGAGGCUCAGGUUGUGUAUCUGGAGAAAGAGAUUUACGAUGAAAUCUUGGUACAAAACUUUAAAUCAGCCGUAAAGACGGUUAAGGAACUUCAGGAUCAAAUGAACAUCAGAAGGUAUGAAAGACCUUCUACCUCAGCUCCGUCUAGUGUUCAACCUGUGGACACAUCGGCUGCUCAACAUCAGCUCGGUUCUGUGAAGGACGACUACCAGGAGGUGAAUAUGGAGGUUGUUGAGGAUUCAGUAAAAGUUGGUGCUGAAAUCACCAAUACACAAUUUGCAAAAAGUGGACAAAGUGUGGAAAAGGGAAACAAGGAGAUGCCUACACCAAGUGAAAAAGAAUCAGAGAAGAGAAAAGAGUUUUCAAGAGAUGGUUUGGAGGAGAUAAAGACUGACGGUAGUGAGACAUGCCAGAAACCAAGUAGGGAGACCCCAGAAACCUGCAACAAAAAGGAUGAAACGGAUGAAACGGAGAGGGUAAAAGAGAGGAACAAAAGUGGCAAAGAAAUCCUGAAACAGAAGAGGAUAAUCUCACAGGAGGACCCUUGUCCUGUUCAGGAUGUGAAGCAAGUAAAGAAACAGACAAAAGGAAUCGUCUCCUCCAAAAAAGACUCAUCAGAAUCUCAAAUGCAGGUUACUGCCACAAACCGGGGAGAAAGUGGCAAACCAGGUCAGGAGCCAGCAAAGGAUGAAAGGUCUUCAAACGUGAACUGCCAAAAAAACCAGCUGUGGCAGUUUCUCAAAAAGAAGACUCGACACCCUGUGAUUGGCCUGAGUGGACUUGUUGAACUCCAAUGUGAUGAGCGUGACCCCAUCUACCUGUGUGAGUGCUGCUCUCUGAAGAUCCCCGAGAAGGACAUCAUCAGCCAUGUUUCUGGAAUCUACCACCAGAAGUUGUAUCUGAUGAAGUUCCAGAAACUCCCGCCUCUACCAGAGAUGCAACAGGUGAAGGCAAUCAGAGAUGUGGCUGCUUUGUUUGAACAACAGAAUGGAUAUGGAGAGGCUCAGGUUGUGUAUCUGGAGAAAGAGAUUUACGAUGAAAUCUUGGUACAAAACUUUAAAUCAGCCGUAAAGACGGUUAAGGAACUUCAGGAUCAAAUGAACAUCAGAAGGUAUGAAAGACCUUCUACCUCAGCUCCGUCUAGUGUUCAACCUGUGGACACAUCGGCUGCUCAACAUCAGCUCGGUUCUGUGAAGGACGACUACCAGAAGGUGAAUAUGGAGGUUGAUGAGGAUUCAGAAGACUCCUGCCUGACUGUUUCCAAAAGCAGCGUGGACAAAGCUGAAAUCUUUUCAAACAAAACGUUUGCACCUUUUAAAAUAGCUGCCAUUUCCCAAAAAGAGGGGACAUGCAAAACUGCACCAACUUCAUGUUUUAAUGAAACCACGCCAAAGACUUCCAUGCCAGCCAAAUCAACAGCAGCCAGCUCCAUAUCCACCAUGGGAGAAACUGCCAAUGGACGUAGAGCAACUCUCUCUAUCUCUACUGCCACCACCUCUGAACCAGCAGCAACCACCACCACCUCAACUGCAUCCAUCUCAAGUACGAUGUCAACAACUAAAUCUGCAACAUUGCCCAAACCUCUGGAAAAUAUUACUGGAGCUGCAGCCAAUGUUACAGCUAAGACUUCAUAUAAAGCUGCCACAGCUUCUAACAAAGAGUCCAUGGUAGUGCAUGAAGCCACCUCCAAAACUGCACCUGCUUCCAAAAAGGAAAACGCCUCCAGAAACUCUGAAAAUGUCUCUACAGCUUUGUUCCCGUCUCAAACCCAUCCCGUAACAUCUGUAGCCGAUAUUAAAAUGGCAGUGAAAUGUGAUAAUACUGAAGCCUUUGUAGAGACUGCAGCUAUGAAGAAUUCAGUGGCUUCAACAGCUGAUGUUGCACCAAAUGUUCAAAAGAGUAAAGCGCCAAAAGCUCCUAAACUGAACACGCACACAAAUCCAUCAGAGCCAUCACGUAACUCCACAACUCCUAAAGUUGGAAUUCAGAAGGCUUUAUUAAGAACAAGAGACGUGCAUGUCUCCUCAACCUCUACAACACACACUGCAGAGGUUUUAAGACAGAACGUUACCUACACCAGUCCAGCCUCAAGACAAGAUGACGCAGUCAAUAUAGGGAAACAUCAGGAUUAUCAGCCUCCUCUUGCCACUGGCGCUGCAGGCAGAUUCACCGACAGCCCAGAUACAUGCCAAGAGACCCGCAACACUAAACAGCAGCAGGAGAGAAGAGAUCCGGAGUUAGAGGACUCGAGCGGGGAACAGCAGAACCAACCAAGUACCAGCCAGAGGGCAGAACAUGUGUCGACACACUCGCAAGCACUCGCAAUGUUUUUAACAGGGAAAAGCAGUCAUUUGUCCACCUACUUGAAGGUACAGGGAACUGAGCGUGGUGGAUCAAUCAUAGGUCUGGGCUUUGUGUGGGAGUGUCAGGGGAUUUCUGUGAGCCCGUUUUACCUGUGUGAGAGCUGCAAGGAAAUUAUCAUCCACUAUAACAUCUGUGAACACAUGAGGAGCUAUGAUCACCAGUUACAAUACAUUUGGAUGCAGCACCCAAAAUUUCUAUACUUCUGGGAUCUUGAUUUUCUUCUUGAAGAGAUGAAACAGGACAUUGUAGAGGACAUCGCCAUGAUGCUCUCUAAACGGGAGCGUUACUACAAGGUGGAUGCACAGUGCAUACUGCUGAGACCGGGGGCAUUUGAACAUGUUAAGAGUCUUUCGUUCAGUGAAGCUUUAAAACUGGUUAAAGACCUCAAGAAAGAUCCUAAACUGGACUGGCAAACCAGCUUUACUGCACAACAAAAGGAAACAAGACAAGAAACAGAGGAAUAUCAUUCCGAAAACACUGUUGGAUAUUUGGAUGGGGUCCAACAAAGAAGAGUCUCGAGUCCUCUGAAUGUGAAAAGCAGUUCCCCGAAUGCUGAUUUUCUUGUCCCUCCCAUCUCAUCUCUUAGUCCCCAAGAAAAGCCAGGACCCCCAGACUUUCAGCACCAGACGCCUAUCACAGAAUACCAAGUAAAACAGGCUGAGGUGCAUCUAGAAUCCCAAUCUUCCGCUAUUGUUGGUUCUAAAACCAGUCAAACCCUGUCACUGUCUCCCACAGAUAAAUGCCCUCCAACCAGAAAAAGACCAGCUGAUGAACCAGUUGAAACUCUGGACAGAUAUAGCACAAGUAACCCCCAAUUUGAGGAUCCUUUGCCAGAAUAUUACAAACCAACAUGCAGUCAGCCCAGCUCAGAAUCAGCCUCUGAGUCCUCUUUAGUCAACCCUGCUGCAACCCCCCCCCUCCUGUCUCCAUUGGACCAGGACGCAGGACCUGAAUCUUAUGAACUAGACGAACUUGACGAGUACACGAUGCAUUUUGAUCGCCUAUUGGCUCUGGUGAGAAAGACUAAGUUAAAUGUUUCCCCUGGCAAAUCACCUCCUUCGAAUAAUGAGAAUGCAACCUCCUGCACUUACGAUUCAUCUCAAAGGGUUGUGAAAAGCAGUUGGGAUCAAAAGCAUGUGCAGAUAAUGUCUAACAUGCCCCCAAAAGAAACAACAGGGGAUUUAAAGCAUGUUAAUGUGACUCAAGAUCCAGCCUCCGGCUACUCAUUUGAGGAGAUGUCUCUAACGUCUGCAGCUCCUGUGGGCCAUGAGAAGCAACUCGUCGCCCCUCAUGCAAACUGGGCUCUCUCCGCAAACAACUCAUCUCUUAUGGGCUCGACUUCAACGAGAGGCAACCUUUUAUUCGGAGGGACUGAAGCCCAAACAGUCAGUACAGUGUUAGCUUCUGCCAGCGCUGUGGACCCAAGCGACCCACAACACCAGAUAAGUGUCAAAGAUCAGAGAAACCCUAGUCUCUUCUGUGAUCCCCCAACGAUAACCCAGAGACUGUCCAUUGAGACCAUCAUAACUGCCAGGCCUAACGAUCUGUUUAUGAGCAGCUAUAACCGAGAGGCGCUCACUGAGAUGAACCAGGGGGGUCGGGCUGCUCACACGCUAGCUGCACCAAUGCGCCCCAGCAAAGCUUCAGGAGGCCUAUACGUCUUGAACGGACAGCAAGUGUUUAUUUCUCCUGCCGCUGUUGGAAGUUACACAACACCAGACCACAUCCCUGCAUACACAACAAGGGGGGUCUUCCCAAGUCAGAUUUACCCAAAGCAGGAAGCAGGGCGCUUCAGUAUGCAAUCAUUUGGACACAUAUCAGCAAGUCCUCUGCCCCCAGACUUGGUGAUGCUGGGACGGCAGCAGCAGUGGCUCUUACAGCAGCAGCAGCUCUUACAGCAGCAGCAGCAGCUCUUACAGCAGCAGCAGCAGUACUCCUCAUGGACGAUGGCUGCAGCUCCAGCCAUCUAUAGGAUUGAUCAAACACAGAGUUCUUCUCAGGUUUACAUGCAACCUCUGUUCAAUCACUAUCCUCCUGCAGCCGAUAAUGGAAUCGUAUCCCAGGAAUCAGCUAACUCAUUUAUGGCCACUGGCACAGGGUUGUUUACUCCAGGUCCCCAUAUGACCGAUAACCCUCCUCAAUGAAGACUACCUGUUAAACCAUGUACAAGGUAUUUUUGCAGUACACCCGUUAAAUACUGCUGAUUGUAUUAGAUAUUUUUUGUGAACACAAGGAAGUUUAGAUACAUGGCCUACAAAUCCCCAGUCUUUGUUCUUUGUUACAUUUCAAAUAAGGUGUAAAUUGUUCAUUGCCAUCUUGUUUUUUGAUAUAUUUGUGUGUUACACAAAUACACAUAUGAAGGAUAUGUUUGUAAACAUUUUCAGACGGGAUAUUAAGCUACUGUAGAUAUUUUUAGUUUUUACAUUUUCAGCAGUGUACUUUGAUUUAUAAUGUUUGUUUUAAUAAAAUUCCUUUAUAUGCAGACUUUCUGUUGAACAUGAAA